ACUAAUUUUCACUAUUAAAAUUCACUUCCGUAAACGCGCUGUAGUAAAUGUCUUUCGACGUGAAAUUACCUUAGUUUUGUGGACAUCAAGUAUUCAUCAUGAUAAAAUCAGGGCUGGGACGCGCUACGAAGCAAUUCUUCAUGACGACGACGCUACAUGGCUUCAAGUAUCUCUGCUCGGGAUUCCAUUCAGAUCGCGUAUGCUGGGUGAGCUGGUGCGUGGCCAGCGCGUGCUGCGCGGGGACGCUCUGCGCCGUGCUGUGGGCGCGCUUCCUGCAAGUACCGGCGUUGCUGACUGUACGCUCGGCCACAUCGGCGCCGGCUCCACUACCCGCUGUGGCGGUCUGUCUCCCGCCGGCGAGCGUGGCCUUCCUUCUUGUCGGACACUUAUCGGCAGACGAUGCAAUCACCCGCCGCCUCACCAGCACGUUCUCCAACAUUCUCCAAAGCAAGGAGACCAAGCCCGAGAACCUGAUGCUCCUGGACACCCUGCUCAAGUCCCGCAACGUGACGCUCCUGGAGGCUCUGUACCACAACAUGCCUCCCUGCGGGGAGUUCGCCAAGAACUGCCGGUGGCAGAAGAAGCGGAUACCGUGUGGGAGCCUGUUCCACAGGGAGCUCACCAUGUAUGGAGUUUGUUGCGUCAUGAAGUCUAAUAAGUUGAAGCUGUCGAAGUCCCCGAUGGCGAUGCUGGACAGCAGUAAGACGUUCCGCAUGGUGCUGCAGUGCUUCAAGCCCGACGUGUUCUUCGGUUGUGAGGUGAUCUUCUGUUCUCUCUCUAGGCCGAGCCUAUUUUUCACCAUGUACGAGGGCGAGGAGACGGUGAACACUGUGACCCUCGUGCCCGGCUCGGAGUACACCGCAGAGCUGACCUUCACGUCCGUCCAGGACUCGGACUCCGAGGAGCUGCUCACCGGCUCCUGCGUUUCCAGCGACUCCUACUCCCGCAAGAUGUGCCUGGUAAACACGGUGACCCUCGUGCCCGGCUCGGAGUACACCGCGGAGCUGACCUUCACCUCCGUCCGGGACUCGGACUCCGAGGAGCUGCUCACCGGCUCCUGCGUCUCCAGCGACUCCUACUCCCGCAAGAUGUGCCUGGUAAACACGGUGACCUUCGUGCCCGGCUCGGAGUACACCGCGGAGCUCACCUUCACAUCCGUCCGGGACUCGGACUCCGAGGAGCUGCUCACCGGCUCCUGCGUCUCCAGCGACUCCUACUCCCGCAAGAUGUGCCUGGUAAACACGGUGACCCUCGUGCCCGGCUCGGAGUACACCGCGGAGCUGACCUUCACCUCCGUCCGGGACUCGGACUCCGAGGAGCUGCUCACCGGCUCCUGCGUCUCCAGCGACUCCUACUCCCGCAAGAUGUGCCUGGUAAACACGGUGACCCUCGUGCCCGGUUCGGAGUACACCGCGGAGCUCACCUUCACCUCCGUCCGGGACUCGGACUCCGAGGAGCUGCUCACCGGCUCCUGCGUCUCCAGCGACUCCUACUCCCGCAAGAUGUGCCUGGUAAACACGGUGACCCUCGUGCCCGGCUCGGAGUACACCGCGGAGCUCACCUUCACCUCCGUCCGGGACUCGGACUCCGAGGAGCUGCUCACCGGCUCCUGCGUCUCCAGCGACUCCUACUCCCGCAAGAUGUGCCUGAACACGUGUAUGGAGCGACAUUGCGGUUGUUCCAACCCUCUACGGACUAUAUUCGAGGACGAGCACAACGUGCCUCCGCCCUGCAAGCUGUGGCAGCUCGGCUGUCUGCAGAGAACUGAAAAUUCAUCAUGCAGCUGCCUGCCGUCUUGCAAAAAAAUUUCUACAGCCUUGUCGCUCGAAAACAACAUCAUGAAAUCGGCGGAGUACACAUUUGAUCCUCUCUACCAAGGCAUCAACGUGUCGUCGGAGACGGUGAUCAAGCUGCGAGUCCUCGAGGGCGGCUCCAAGAUCUUCACGCGGCAGCCCACCGAGACCUGGUUCACGCUGCUCUCGUCCCUUGGCGGUGUGUUCAACAUGUUCCUGGGCGUGGGUCUGUUCAGCGCGCUCGAGCUGGUGCUCUUCCUGCUGGUGCGCGUGCCGGCGGCCAUGAGGACCGCACCUGAGAUGCAGCUGCCAGGCACCCGCGCUCACGUCACCCACGUGCAGGCCCGCCAUUGA